GGCGACUGGGUAUGCCAAGUGGGUGCAUCUGGCGUGGCAGGCAAUCGCGCUCGUUCUGACGGCAGUGGCGAUGGCGGCUAUUAUUGUGGCCAAAGGGACGGAGCACAAGCACAUGUACUCCGUGCAUACCUACUGCGGCGUGCUCACUCUCGCUCUCUUCGCUGUCCAGUUCUUCUGGGGCCUGUGCGCGUUCGUGCUCUUCAAGAGCCACCUGUCCGAUGCAACGCGGUACCAGAUGGGCACCUACCACAUCCUGCUCGGCAAGUUCACAUACUAUGCCGGCAUUGGCACCUGCGUGAACGGGUUCGCAGACAUGCAGAUGAUGAUGGUGCAUUCAGGCCAGCCCAACUACGGCAGUGCGAGCAUGGCGCAGAACUGGGCCUCGCUCUUCCUCUGGUUCGUCUCCGCUGCUGUGUUUGGCGCCAUGACAACUUCCAGGACCGCCGAGCUCGUCACUGACUCUGAUGAGAAGGACAAUGCAAAGAACGUUGCGGUGUAG